AGAUAAAUAAAUAAAGUCGCAUCUGUAAUUUCAUCAUACAAGAUUAUUAAAUGAUUGUGUACAUGAAUUCAUCCUGACCAUUAUUUUCUGAUCAAUUAGUGAAUCUCAAAAGUUAAGCUAUGAGAAAACGUUUUAUUAUUUGUGAGGCUCAACUCCUUAUUGAUGCUCUCUUUUGUAAUUGUGGACGAAAUCAAAAGUCAUAAUAAACAGACAUCAAAAACUUGAAUGAUAUUUCAUGAUUGACCAAUCUAAUUGUUCAGGUCAUGGGGGGUUUGACAAUGGUGUUUGCUUUUGUGAGAUUGAAUAUUCUGGUCAAACAUGUGAAAGGCCAAAUUACAGUUACUACCUUGCUUUGUCAACCAUUUAUUACUUAAUCUGCAUAGCUUCAUUUAUUCAGUUGAUCCUUUGUAUCAAUUCAGAGUUCAAGAGAAUAAAGCCUCCAUCGAUUAUCAGAAGCUUUAAAAUAACGACACAAAAAGCUCUAUACUUCUUCAUUUGUGUUGCCACCAUAAUCAGAGGAUUUUAUUUUUCAUCACCAACAAAUCCUUCUCUUCAUUGGGCUAAUGGUUUAAUGAAUGCUUACUAUCCUGUAGUUCUCAGUGGAUCAUCUUUAGUUGUCUGUUUUUGGGCUGAGAUUUUCCAUUUGUAUGGCGUUAAUGUUUUAAGACCAAGUUUUCUAAGCAAAUCGUUUUCUGGAUUUGUCUUUUUCAACAUUGUUUCUUAUUCUCUACUCAUUACUGAACUGUUACUUUUCCAGUUUUCGGACAAUCAUGAUAUCGAUAAGAGUAUGUUCAUGCGGGUAUUUAAUAGCAUUUAUGCAGUUCUCAUGUUGUUGGUGGUUAUAUUUUUCCUCAUUUACGGAGUUGAAGUUUAUUUUAAAGUCAGAGGAGCAUUCAUUCAAGGAGAAAGUUGCCCUGCAAACUUAUCGCAGCUUAAACAAUCUCGCUUCGGUUUGAUUUCUUAUGCAACGAUGUUACUUGUAACUGUUGUUUUCCUCUUCUCUGAAGUUCUUGGCGAAAUUUGGAAAGAAAAAGUUCCAAUAAUCGGUCGAAAUGCAUAUUUAAUAAUCUUUAGACUUUGCGAAGUUGGUAUCGCUCUUUGGUAUCCAUGUGUAUUAUGGAAUUGUGUCAGACCUGAAAGGCUUUGGAUCCUCAACCCGAGACGUAUUCUCAAAACCGAUGCAAGUGACUUGUCUUUGGACGACCUAAGAUCCAUCGAGACUGGAGCAGCUUUAUUGGUUGAUGGCACAAACAAUAAUUUGAUGAGUAAAAAUCACAGCAACUCAUCUAGGUCUAUUGAUUGUUGGAUUUGUUAUGAUGAUGAAUGUAAAGAUGUCGGCCCGCUUAUUCAACCAUGCUUGUGUAAAGGUGAUGUCUCUGCUGUUCAUCAUGAUUGUCUCAAAAGAUGGCUCAUGGAGUCACAUUCUAGUCCAGAAAAUGUACAUUGUAAGGUUUGUAAAGAACCUUAUCUUAUAGAGCGAGGAGUAAUCUGGUUGCCAUCAGGUUUGACAAUUAACCAUUGGCUACAAACUGGUGUAAUUGCCAUUUUAAUGGCUAUAACUAUUGCUGGUUCUUAUAUUAUGGUCAGACUUUUUCACCAUGCAGGUGCAAGAAUAAUGUCUGUUGGAUUUGCGAUUCUCAUUGAGUAUAUUUGUUUGAGAUUUCUUGGAUUCAAUAUUCUCUCAGCUUACCAAAGGGCUAAAUUUGCUGCAGUGAAAAUAAUUAGUCGAUCCAUCGAUGAUUAGAUUACAACUAUUCUUUGAUGUUUUGAAAUCAAAAUAAUCAAAGCAACAAUGGAUUAACUACCAUUAGUCAUUCCAAAAUGAAAUCUAUUUUGAUGUUGAAAGAGCAAUAAUUUGCUAUCAAAAAAUUCAGACCAAUAUCUUCCAUUAUCUCUAUGAGUUAUACAAAUCAAAUACGAAAUACAAAAAAUGUAUUUUGAUUUACUAUUUUCAUUGUAAUUUCCAGUUUUAUUGCUCGCCUUUAUCCAGAAAGCUCGACAAACUAUAAUGUUCAUUUUCUUAAUAUUCCAAUCAUAUUUUAAAUAUUAUCAUAAUGCCUCAAUUUUUCAUGAAUAUCAUCUCCAAUUUUCACUGUCUUCUCCAUUUCUCAAAGCUGUCUCCGUCAACAACAAUUUACUGUAAUAAACUAGUCACUUUAUUUUAGACACAAAUUACUUGUGUUUGAAUCAAAUAAAUAAAUCUGAUACUUCUAGUGAUUCUGAAA